AUGAGUGUUAAUGUGUUAGAUACAUAUCGAGAUUGUCCAUUCUGUUUAAAACUUCUUUAUGAACCAGUAUCAACAUUAUGUGGUCAUACAUUUUGUUUAUUAUGUCUUGAACGUUUUAUAAUUGCAUCUGAUUCAAUAUUAAAAUGUCCUAUUUGUCGUGAAGAUUUAACUUAUCUUCGUUCAACAUCGAAUCAUUUAAAAACAAAUACAAUUCUUCAUAAUCUUUUUCGACAAGAAUAUGAAAAAGAAUAUGAAAUGCGACGAAAUGAACUUGAAAGUAUAAGAAAAAAUAUUAUUAAAAAACGUUUAAUUAUUGGAAAUACUCAUCAAUUAUUAUCUUGUGAUUAUAAUCAUAAACAACACGAAUGGACAUUAUUUAUCAGAUUCGAUAAUGACGAUCAAAAUGAUAUUGGUCAAUAUAUUAAACAGAUUCAAAUUAAUUUACAUCCAACAUUUACACCAUCACAAAUUAUUCUUGAUAAACCUCCAUUUCGGCUGACGCGAAUUGGAUGGGGUGUUUUUACUGUUCAUAUAUCUAUUGAAUUUCAUGCUAAAUGGAACAAAUCUGAUUUAGUAACAAAUUGGUUUUUAUCUUUUACAAAUACAGGCAAUCACAAAGUAAUGGAAAUUGGAUUUCAAAAAUCAACAGAUGAUAUUACAAUUAAUUGA